UUUUAUGCCAACCACCCUUAAACCUCAUCAAAGACGAAGAGGAAGCAUUUCCCUCUCUGUGUGUUUGAGCACGCACACGCUUCCUGUAGAAACAAGCGAACUCAUUCUACGAUCCAGAGCGGGUGAUCUAACACCUUCAAGAUGUUUUUGACGAGAUCGGAGUACGACAGAGGAGUAAACACCUUUUCUCCAGAGGGACGACUGUUCCAAGUGGAAUAUGCUAUUGAGGCGAUUAAGCUGGGCUCCACAGCCAUUGGCAUCCAGACAUCUGAGGGGGUGUGUCUGGCCGUGGAGAAGAGGAUAACAUCUCCUCUAAUGGAGCCAAGCAGCAUCGAGAAGAUUGUGGAGAUCGACACCCACAUCGGUUGUGCUAUGAGUGGCUUGAUAGCUGAUGCCAAGACUCUUAUCGACAAAGCAAGAGUGGAGACACAGAACCACUGGUUCACCUACAACGAGACAAUGACAGUGGAGAGUGUGACCCAGGCCGUGUCUAACCUGGCCCUGCAGUUUGGAGAGGAGGAUGCAGACCCUGGAGCCAUGAGCCGGCCCUUUGGUGUAGCGCUUCUCUUUGGUGGACUGGAUGAGAAAGGGCCCCAGCUGUACCACAUGGACCCAUCAGGCACCUUUGUCCAGUGUGAUGCCCGGGCCAUCGGCUCUGCCUCUGAGGGAGCCCAGAGCUCUCUGCAGGAGGUCUACCACAAGUCCAUGACGUUAAAAGAGGCCAUCAAGUCAUCCCUCACCAUCCUAAAGCAGGUGAUGGAGGAGAAGCUGAAUGCCACCAACAUUGAGCUGGCUACAAUAGAGCCAGGCAAGACCUUCCACAUGUAUUCCAAAGAGGAGCUGGAGGAUGUUAUCAAGGACAUCUAGAGCAGAGUGGUGCUCUGUGGGCCUUGUCAGCACUGAGGAGAGGGAAUCCACCUGGGCUCUGAGGAUCACCACACACUUCCCAUCAGCACUCGCUAGUUUCAUUGGUUCCUUGUGUGGGAGGCAACUCUUUGUAAUGUGUUAUAUUUUUUUCUUAUUUUGGCUCUGGAAAUGGGGGGGGCAGGGAGCCUAGUGGUUAAGAACGUUGGGCCAGUAACUGGAAGGUCGCUGGUUCGAAUCCCUGAGCAGACUAGGUGAAACAUCAGUUGAUGUGCCCUUGAGCAAGGCACUUUUUUAAAACCCUAAUUGCUCUCAUAAAUUGCUCUGAGCGUUUGCUACAUGACUAAAAUAAUUUCUACAGUUCUGUACAGGCAUCGGUCAGAUCAGUGCUUAGAGCUGUGACAUUAAAAAAGGGGGGGUACUUUUUGUUAUGGAUCAAUGCCUAAAUAAAACUGUUGUAUUCUAAAA